AUGACAAAGAGAACCAAGAAGGUCGGAGUCACCGGUAAAUACGGUACCAGAUAUGGUGCAUCCCUCAGAAAGCAAGUCAAGAAGAUGGAAAUUACCCAACACGCCAAAUACGUCUGUACCUUCUGCGGAAAGACCACUGUCAAGAGACACUCUGUCGGUAUCUGGGAUUGCAAAUCUUGCAAGAAGACCGUUGCUGGAGGAGCUUACACCGUCACAACCCCCGCCGCUGCGGCCAUGAGAUCGACUCUCCGCAGAUUGAGGGAAAUUGCUGAAGUCUAA